AUGGAUGAUGUGCUAUGCUCUCGCAAACUUAGACGCCCAUGCUCUCCUCCUCUGUCAAUAGAUGAUCUACCUGGAUGUAUGUUGAUGGAAAUCCUGAUCCGGCUGCCUCUGAAAUCUUUAUUUCUAUGCAAAUGCGUCUCAAAGCAAUGGUGCACUCUAAUCUCUGCUCCUUCUUUCGCUGGCUUUGUUAAUAGGUUCCAUGCUUCUUCAAAUUCAAUAUUGCAACGACCCUUUUCCUUGCUCUUCCACUACCACAACAACGAGCAUAAAAUGAAGCUCCUCGUGGCAUCCGAGGUGCCCGGAUUCAAAUCUCUAGCUUCUUCAAUAAAUCAAUGCGAUAAUGACAAUGUUGACGACACUGUUAUUCAAGCUUCGUGUCAUGACUUGCUCUUGUGCACCAAAAACGUGGUCAGUGAUGAUGCGGGGUCUAGUUCUAUGAUUGUGUAUAAUGUGAUAAAUCCAAUUACUGGGAAAUCAGUGUCGCUUCCUCCCCUUCGUCACAGUAGAAGAGCUCGAAUCGGCUUCAUCUACAGAUUCAAUGACAAUGGUAUUAAUGAUCAUAAGCAGCAACAGGUCAGUUAUAGGGUGAUGCGCAUUCCUGAAUUCAAAGGCAAGUCCACAAAAUUCAAGGUAGAUAUAUUCUCAUCCGACACAGGCAAAUGGAGCAAAUCGGUGGUGUUGUGCCCACAGGGAUUUUGGUUGGGAAUCUUUACCUUUGUUGGUGUUCCUUAUAAUGGUUUACUUUUCUGGUGGAGUUUGAAUGAACGGCUUGUCGGGUUCGAUCCCUACACUAGCAAAUGCUGCAGAGUCUUUGACAAACCGGUAGAAUUGGAGCCAUCCCGAGUUGAACGUCUUGGAGUGUGUCAUGGUGCCUUGAGAAUAUGCCAACUUUUAGGCUAUCCUUAUAAUUUUGCUCAUCCCAAGUUACGAGUUUGGGAGCUCAAGGAUUAUGACAAAGGAGGCAAAUGGUGUUUGGAGCACGAGGUGUAUUUCAACCAAAUGGUUUCCAAAAAAUCUCCUUGGCUCACAAAAUACAUGACUAAUAGAAUUCUUUAUGUGGUAGUGCUAGCUUAUCAUCCGUAUGACAGGGAUAUUGUGUAUGUGAAGAUUCAAAAUAAGGUUGUAUCAUGCAACAUGAAGAGAAAAAUACUCGAAGUAGUAUGUGAUAUUCCGCUGACUCACUUGUUUUACAAUGGCUGUAAUGUCUUCAACUUUGUGCUCCCUUGUUGGCCAACUCCCAUUCCUUCUUCUCCCUCGUAG